CAAAAAAAGCAAACCAAGUGCUUGGUUUGGGGCAGGGGUCCAUCCAUGCACAUAGUUGACCAUUGCAUCAUCUUACACUAUUUUAAAUUAUGCCUUUUUGCAUGUAAAGACAAAUUGUACAUUAUCAUGUUGUUCUGCAAUCUGUACUGCAAUUUCAUUCAUAUCAACAGCAAGAGUUCACAAGAACUACAUCCCAGAACACCUCAAGCAGACUUAAGUGUGGAUUACAUGUGCACACACAGCUUCAGAAAACAGUGUUCACGCCAUCCAAACCAACCAAACUUUGACGUCAAACAAACCCAGUUGUGCAGCAAAAGUAUUACUGUCUAGUUACUAAAUUUUAAAGGUGUGGAAUGUCUUAAGGUUAGAAAAAGAUCAUGUCUUGCAAUUAUAGAAAUGUUAUGAUCGAUCCUUGCUGUCAUAUUGCUGCCAAAUAUAAGUCCCCUGUACUCUCAGAGGAUGACAGUGAGCUGAAAAGCAAGAGAAACCUGAAGACUGUGAGUUUUUUCGAUUCUGUGAGUCUGAUAUCCGGUGGUGAGAGCAGUAUGGAGCUUGAAGUUCAGACCGACUCUCAGCAAAGUUAUGUGAGCAGUGGACAGAAUAUAGUGAGACAUGGAAGAGAAGGAAUGGACAGCGAAGUUGCCAAGGAAAUCCUUUACCUGGACGAGGUCCUUGAGGCCAACUGUUGUGAUCCCAAGGCAGAAAUGACUUCAAAUGGGACAAGUUCCCCUGAUAUUAAGUCAAUUCAAGUUCAUGGAACUGGACCAUCUGUGCGUACUUGUGACACAUCUCACUUACACAACCAUGAAGUUGUUUUAGAAGGGAAAAAACAGACCACUUUUGUUGAUGACAACUUCAACACCAAACCCAAUGGUCAUGCAAGGGACUGUACAGGGUCACCUGAGUCACCUAGGACAGCAAUCAAGAAAGAGGCACGUUUUGAGCUCCGACCAUUUCAUGAAGAGAAGAAACCAUCGAAACUAUUUGACACCCCAACUGAGAAAGAAGUUCGGGUGAAGAAAGUCAGACCCUCAGAGGAGAUUGCUGAGCUAGAGAAGGAAAGGCUGGAACUCAUCCGGGGUCAAGCGGUCAAGAAGAAUCCUGGAAUUGCCACAAAAUGGUGGAACCCACCUCAGGAAAAGACACUGGAAGAGGAGCUGGAGCCAGAGCAACUGGAGUCGCUUCGAAGAUAUGAGGAGAGGAAGCAGAUGAGAACAGAAGUCAACCAUAUGCCGCAAGCUGCACCCAGACAGACAAUCUUCUUUACCCAACAUGAAAUAGCAAAUAAGGAGGAUGUUGCCAUGGAAGAGAUUGACUUUUCUGCUGCACGCAAGCAAUUUCUGCAGAUGGAACAUAGCAAGCAGCCCACAGCCCCUAAGAGGAAUGUGGCACCACAGCUUUACUCUGCUAAACCUUUCUUCAGGACUCCAGAGGUCACACACGUAGAGAGGCCAUGCGGUUCUGUCACAGUUGCCAAUCAAGAAGGGGUCACAUCCUACGAUGGAAGUGAAGUUACUACAGUCAAAGCUGAAAAGAUUUACUGCUGCUCUGGAGAAUCUGCCAUGCCACCCAAAGAUGGUUUGGCUCAGAAUGAGUUGAAAGAUGAUGAAUUUACUUGUGCCCGGGCAGUGAUGACCAUUGUGAAGGAUGAGGACUCUGAUUUGUGUCGACGCUCUUUGAACAGCUCCAUCCAUAUGGAAGAAAUCGACUCCGGGUUAGAUGACUUAUCCCUACGGUCUCAGGACACCACUGUACUUGAGACACUCUCCAAUGACUUCAGUAUGGACAACAUAAGCGACAGUGGUGCGUCAAAUGAGACCAUGAGUGCCUAUUUGGAAAACUCUCUUGGGGAAUACUCUUUUCCCUCAACUCCAGUGGCCACUACACCAAUCAAUGGAAAACAUGAAAGUGGAAUCAAAUCUCCAAGUGAACAGAGUGGGUCUUAUCAGGCGGAUGGCUUGACGGAAGAAGAGCUGGAAUUCCAUGCAGGUAUUCUUGUCCAAAACGCUAUCCAGCAAGCCAUUGCUCAGCAGAAUGACAAAUGGGAGCCUCUGCAGGCCACACAACAUUCAUCCCCCAUCCCUGAGAGACAUGUGGAAAAUAUUGAACCACAGCCCCAACCUUUAGUGGAGAGAUCUGCUGUAACGCCACCUCCCAAAGUGCCAUCCCCCCUAGAGGAGAAGAAAACAAUUGCUCCUCAGAUAACUGUAGUUCAAGCUUCCCCGGUUAUCCCAGUGAACACUUACAAACCUCCCAGUCCCUCUCCACCACCAAGUGAGAAACCAGAAUUCAGCUAUUUCAGUAAGUACUCUGAAGCAGCAGAGCUCAGGAGCACUGCAGCUGUCACUCGUGCUCAGGAAACGGAGGUCACCUCAGGACCGUUCAAGCUGCGCUCGCGCAAACAGAGAACCCUGUCCAUGAUUGAAGAGGAGAUUCGGGCGGCCCAAGAGCGUGAGGAAGAGUUGAAGAGACAACGACAGGCACAAACAUUGCACCUGCCCCGUACACAGAAGCUAAAGUCCGGCACCCAGCCGAACAAGCUGGUCCUUGCUGGGAAGACAGCACCAGGUAAGAUAGAGAAGGUUCGUCAAGUUCCUCCAGCAUCGCCGUGCUCUUCAGAUGGCGCUCUGCCCUCGCCGCUGUCUGAUCUGGGCAGUGAUGAUUCUGGAGGAGGACAGCGACCCAAGAACUUCAUGCAGACUUUGAUGGAGGACUAUGAGACACACAAGGUCAAGCGCCGAGAGAAAACUGAGGACAACAGUGUUCUGGAGGCAACGCGUGUCACUCGCAGAAAAAGUAACAUGGCCCUCCGGUGGGAGGCGGGAAUCUACGCCAACCAGGAAGAGGCUGAGGGAGAAGAAGAGGAGGAGGAGGAGGAGGAGGAGGAGGAAGAGUAAACUAAAUUUCCAUUGUAUACCGAAAAGAAGGAGAAAGAGAGAAAAACCAGAAGGAAAAUGUGCACCAGGAAAAACACAAGUAUUUAUUGGGAAUUCACACCUCUCUGAAGAUUUGUUUCUGGAGACUAUGGGGAAAAAAAAACUUCUCUCGGCAUUGAAGACAAGAGAUACUAUACCGCUUCACAUUUUCACAACCAAGUUA